CCUCCUCCCUGUAGACGUCAAGCAUAUUUGUGCAUUGUUGCUAAGAACUGCUCUGAGGCUGGUUAUCUUAGGCUGGUCGAAGCACUUUGCAAGGAACACCAGAUCAGUCUCCUGAAAGUAGAGGAUAAGGAAGAACUGGGCGAAUGGGUUGGUCUUUGCAAGAUUGAUAAAGAUGGCAAGCCAAGGAAGAUUGUUAAAUGCAGCUGCGUUGCUGUAAAGGAUAUUGGUACUGAUACUGAAGCUUGGAGUACUGUACAAGAAUACAUAAAGACCCAAACAGCUGCUGCUGUUUGAUGAAUCUGAACCACCGUUCAAUUGAAUGCCUAUUGCCUUUUUUGUUUAAUAUGAUUUCUUUAACUUUAAUUUGUCAUAAUGAG